CUCAGAUUCAAGUGUGGAGCCAUCGAGUUGGGUCGGAAAUCCCACCCGGCUCCCGCGUUCUCCGGUCGUAGUAAUGUGCUUUCCACCUGCAUAAAAUUCUCUUGGACUUGUAAAGUUUUUUUGUGAAGUGACUGAUAUUUUGUGUGAUGAAAACUCAAAGUUGAAUUAUGAGAUUGGUGCCUGUUCGUGGUGAAUGAGUGGCUGUUCUAAAGGCACAAUGGGGAGAUUGGCGCCACUGGUGAUACGGUUGCUGGCCGUGUCACUGGUGGCGCUUGUCCUUGCCGAGCCCGGCAAUGGCGGCGACCAAUCAGUGGCCAAGGAGCGCCGCGACGCUGACGUCACCGCGGCCACCGCGCCCCCCGCGCCCCGCCGCCCCGGCAAGCGCGAGCGCAACCGCAAGCGCACAACUACCACUACUACCACAGUAGACCCAGACGACAAUGACGUAGCUGAGGCUACCACAACCACCACUACUACGACAGUAGAUCCUCGCGCCUUCGACCACAGCCAGAAGCGUCUGCGUGGCACCGCACCGCCGCUGGUCGGGCCGCAGCGUCGAUGGCCGGGGAAGCAGCAUAAGAGGCGCCGCCGCCGUACUACCACGACAACCACAACCCCACCAGACGGUGAUGGUGACAUGGAGCCUACCACAACUCUUGCCACCACCACAGUAGACCCAAGAAACUUAGACCACACUGAAGGAGGUAGCUGCCUAGUACCUCUUGGAAUGGAAAGUGGACUGAUUUCUAACGAGUCACUGUCGGCAAGCUCCAGCUAUGACCAAAGUGUCUCGCCCCUCAGCUCACGCAUACGGACGGAGAUUAAAGGCGGCGCGUGGUGCCCUAACGGGUUGAUAUCACCGAGGAGCCGCCAGUUCCUGGAGAUAGACCUUCAUGAUGAGUAUCUGAUCACCGGCACCGAGUCGCAGGGCAGGUUCGCCAACUCUGUGGGAGUGGAGUUCGUCGAGAGCUACUCAGUAGAGUACUGGCGCACCGCUCUCAACCGCUGGGUCAAAUACAAAGAUUUCAACGGAAGCAGGCUUAUACCGGGCAAUGUUAACACAUACACGCCGAGAAAGUCGACACUUGAGGCACCGUUCGUGGCGUCGAAAGUACGGUUUUAUCCAUACGCAGCGCAUCCUCGGACGGCUUGCAUGAGAGUGGAACUAUACGGGUGCCGUUGGAAACAGGAUCUAGUUGCAUACUCGGCACCCAAAGGCGGGGACAUGCAGGCGAUGACCGGAGGCGCCCGGUUCGAGGAUCUCGGCUACGACGGAACACUUCGGGAGGGCCGACUAAUUAAUGGACUCGGUCAGAUGACGGACUCCUUGGUUGGGCCCAAUGAUUUUGAACUGCCAGACCAGUUAGACACAAGAGGAUCGCGGUGGGUGGGGUGGAAUAAGACCAUGAUGGUCGACGAAGAAGUCACCCUCACCUUCAACUUCAGCGAGACUCGGUUGUUCUACCACAUUGACGUACAUACCAACAACAUGUUCACCAAAGAUGUGCAGUUGUUCAAAGAAGCAGAAGUGUACUUCUCACUAGAAGGAGAGCGUUGGCAAGAAGACUAUGUCUCCCAUGAACCGAAGCAGGACAGAGUUUCCGAGCACGCCCGAGUCGUGCACAUCGACCUGCAGAACCGCACGGCUAAACACAUCAUGGUGAAGCUCAGAUUCCAACACGAGUGGAUCCUCAUCAGCGAAAUAACCUUUAAAUCAAUUCCGACCUGGGUGAAUACAUCUGCGGAGUUUCUGGAAGAGUAUUACAAGACAGAUACUCCGCCAUCUUCGAGGAAGAAAAGAAACUCGUCAUUACGGGUUUCGGUGGGACUUGCUUGUGGUGCUUUAGUGGGUGGUGGGGCGUUCAUUGCAGCCACGGUAGUCUUGCUGACGAAGAAGACCAGACGCAGAAUACCGAAUAUGUUGAAGAAACCGUUCUGUCCGUCGCUGAGGCACGGCAGCUCGAGCUCGCGGAACAACCGCAGAGCUCCGAGGCUGGCGCUCGCCCUGGCUAACUGUCCACCCAUACAUAUGCUCAGGCCCGCGGUCGUCGACGAGGAUUAUAGGGAGCCCUACAACAUUUGGAGGGAGACUCUCGGCCGCCGAGACAAACGCGAAGCGCACGACCAGCACGAGUACAACGAGAUCUGCGAAGAUACGGAGUUCCCGCGCCCCUACAUGAUGAAACGACCCGACCCACAUGAGAGCUUUUACGCCGCCACCGAUAUUAUACACCAUACGUACCCGGAAGAACGUGCGUGCCGUCGCGAGAAACCCGCCCCUGGCCUGUUCACAUCUAUCAAACUACCUGAAGCGGAGCCCCCAAACGGAGUGGCGCCCCUGCUGGAUUUCCCGCGGGGGCGCAUGCGACCUGUCACCUUCCUUGGCGAGGGCCCUCAUGGCAGUCUCCAGAUAUGCGAGACCGAUGGUAUCGAAGAGCUGAGCGACGAAGAAUCACCGACUGGAGGACGCCGCCGCCUCGUUGUUGUCAAGACUUUGUGGCGGGGCUGCCAUAACGAAGUGAAAGCGGCAUUUGCCCGCGAAGCUACAUGGGGCGCCGGCUUGAAGCACCCUCAACUAGCCAGAGUCCUAGGUUUGAGUCUGCUAGAACCGCCGUGUGCGGCCCUGGAUCGCGGAGAUGCCGCCCAUCUCCCCACAAUACUGCGACAGGAACGGAAAUUGAAUUAUUCGAGUUUGAUUCACAUAUGCUGUCAGAUAGCAGCCGGCAUGAAAUAUCUGGAAUCAUUCGAAUUAGUACACCGAGAUCUCGCAGCGAGGAACGUAACAGUGACUGAAGAUCUGCACGUGAAAGUGUCAGACUACGCGAUGUUCUGUGAGGAGUUCGUCAGCGACUACCACGUGAUGGCUGAUGGCUCCCGGCUUCCUCUGCGCUGGAUGGCUUGGGAGAGCCUGCUCAUGGGAAUGUGUUCACCGGCAAGCGACGUUUGGUCUUUCGGAGUUACAGUUUGGGAAGUCCUCACCUACUGCAUGGCUAAGCCGUUCGAGGAGAUGAAUGAUGAUCAGGUUGUGGCCAACGCCAGUGAGUGGCGUAACGGUGGGCGUGGAGCACGCGUGCCCGCCGCUCCCCCGCCGCGCUGCCGCCGGGAGCUCUACGACCUGAUGCACGAGUGCUGGCGCCGCGAGCCCAUGCAGCGCCCCCGCUUCCACGACCUGCACCGCUUCCUCGAGCGCAUGACCCACGGCUACAAGCCCCCCAACAACCGCUAAACUACCGUCGUCCAAGUUCGCCCUUCUUACUCACCCGCGAAAUCUUCGAUACGAGCUUCUACAGUCCGAUAAGUACAUAAACAUUCAUGCUCAUAGAUGUAAGUCACGUAGCAUAUCUACAGCUUUCAUCUAUGUUGACAAUUCGAACAGACUGCAUAGACGAUACGAUAGGAAUCCUGCAGUAUUAAAUCAGUAUUACAGUUAGGACAUUUUAUUAGAUUUUAAGAUGUAUGUCAUAGACGAUGUACCGCUUUGCAACUUAAGCGGACCUCAAUUGAGGUCUGCUGUAGAGCGCCUCGUCACGACUACUUGAACUAGCCGCACCCAAUAAGGGAACUUAUUUUAAAAUUUUCGAAACACCGAUAGCACCGACCUUUUAAACGGAUAUCGAUGUUUUCCAUCUAGAAAUGAAUUUCUGAUUUGCGCUGUAGGUAGGAACGAAUGUGAUGCAUUGUAAAUAAAUUCUGCGUUAGGAAAAUAGCCAAAAGAGGAAUGUAAUCGCGGAUCAGACAUUCAUUUUUAGCUAAGAUACCGAAGUUUCUGCCAAUAUUAUUAUUUGCAUUCACUCUAGUCAUUUAAUCAUUGUGUAUUAGCAUGAUAAUGUUGGUAGGGGCGUCGUGAUCGUGUAACAUUUCACGCUAUCCCCAGCGCCCUUCGCCUAGCGCUCCCAUGAUCUUCCACUAUCACCGCCUGUAUGGCAAAUCCCUAACUUCAGGCCACUGCAUCAAUAUGCGACGGAAACUUGUAUUUUAAUCAAAGCACUGUGAUGUAUUUUAUUGCCAGCACUAGUCAGUUUAAAGUUAUGAGGUGAUGGUCGUUUCUGUGCGCGUAUUGAAGCAGCAGCCUUCUAGGGCAGAGGCUGACUGAGCGAUGUAUUUCCGAUGCGAUACCAUUUGAAUGACACGUCUAUUUUGUGUCUGCUCCUGGACUGAGCAUAAAUAAUUUCAAUGUGUGUUACUCCGAUUACAGCGCGUUGGGCGGCCUCUGCUCUAUAGUAUAUCCAAAGUCUAACUCCUAUUUUUUUAACCUGUUUUAAAUGUUAAGGUUGUAUACUUCGGGAGGUGGGUAAGACCUCCAGGGCGAUAUUGGCCCCCUGUGCUUCUUGUUUUCUUCUAUAAGGCACAUAAAAGGUUGAGGUCACACUGCCUCCGUAAAUAUCGAUGUAACAAAGCGAAUUUUAUGAGAGAGAUAUUUUAGUAACGUGAAUACGGUCUUCUUUCGACCGGAGUGAAGGGCCAAUAAAAUUGAAAGGUGAUUUUUCUAUUUGCUUUUACUCAAUAUUUUCGGACGCGGCAUGUGAUCUUAGGUCACAAGGUUUACCAAAGCCGAAUUAAUCGUGUAACUUAUUAUCUAGUAUCUGAUCUUGCCAUAAGGCCCCAUUAUGAAUGUAAUAGUCGUUAUCACUUAUACAGGUGUUUCAUUGUCGUCGUAUGUAAGUGCGUCAGCCACGAACGUACUAGAUAUAGAGUAGACUUCCCCUCACUUCACUCCAAAUUCAUUAACAACAGCACCUCACUUCACAUGUAAUGUCAAUAUUAUGUACUAAAGUAAUGUAACUCAUUUCUGGCCGUAAGCACAAAACACUGAAAUUAAGUAUUGUAUCACAUUAGGUAACAACAACAGGAGCAAGUCAUACACGCAGAUAUUCUCAUAAAGUGAUGACCAUUGAAUACUACGCGGAUAAUUUACUUUUGUUAGGACAAGUCAAUAAGAGUAUAAAUUCAAAUUAAUUAAAAAUAAUCAGCGUUGUGCUUCGGAGGACCUCGUGGCUAAACAACAACCACAUGGGAUCUACCUAUUAUCAUCUAUCAUCGGGUAAAAGAACGCUUAAAGCGGUCACUCCGUGUAUGUACAUAUUUUUGUCAUAACGAGUUCCUCCGUACUGCAGAAGGCUCGGUAUAUUCUGGAGCCCGGCUGCCAUUUCAUCAUCUUUGGCAGUCGUUACUGGUAGACAGAAACCAGAAAGUUUAACAGCCUGUCUUACCAAGGGAUGUCGGGUUGCCCGACAAACUGGGCACAAUAGAUCAAUGUAAAGUAAAGUAAUCUUUAUUACUUUCAUAAGCCCAUUUGGGCGUAAAAUAAUUUAGGCCUAUUUAGACAUAAGUAAAGUCAAGGGUAAUACAAAAACUAACUACAGAACAAAACAGAGAGCCAAGCGCUCCAUAUAAACCACUAUCUCUUACGUAGCUUGAUAAAUUAAACGAAAAUCUAAUAAAAAUAACAGUUAGAUGAUAACCCGCGUAAUAUCCAAUGGCCUCACAUAAACACCGUAAUAUGAGUUAAUUGCUUAUAAAUAAUUCACGACUGUCAAUUACCAUCUACGACAGAUCCAGAAAGUAGCAUUGAACGGGGAAUUUUAACAUCUAUCGUUUUGACACCGAACAUACGUAAUCUGCGGGAUUUCCCGAAAGUGGCUGAUUUUGCUGACUCCUCGCAAACAUACAAACAUCGAGGUUAAUGAGAGCAUAGUUUACAUAAACCUAAUGUGUUUACAUACUUCAAUGAAUGGGGUGCUUGCUGUUCUUUCAAUUACCAGUUAAGGUGUAUAUUAAAGGUCCUCUUGAUGUAAUCUGAGCAAGCGUCGAGACAGCAGAGGUGCGUAAAGUAUAAUUUUACUGGGAUCAGUGUUGAACAAGUAUCGCUUAUGCUAAGCUAGUGCGUAGGUAGUUCUAAUUACGAUUAUUUAACUAUAAGCAUACCUACAUUCAUAAGCUUAGCUCGUAAGUUAGUUAGGAACGCCGUGCUUAAUGUAACUAGUACAUUGAAGCGCUUCUCUUUUAUUUCCUUAACUAUAAUUUUCCCCAGUCUUCAGUUUUUUGGUAUAAGGUUAUGAUUUGUAGAGUAGAAUAGUCAUAGAGAGUAGUUAGAUUCAUAUUUUCUUUUAUUUUAUGCAAUUUGCGAAUUUAUGAUUUCGCAUCACCCCACUAAACUAAAAUUGUCAUCUUGAUGCGUAUUAACAAAUGUGGGUGAUACUGGAACCAUCCUGUGUGUAUGAGUAGCGGGAGCCAACAGGUGACCGCGCAUGGUAUGGUUUGCAUACGCUCCGUAUCCACAACAUAUUUAUUAAUACGCAUACCAUUUCGAUACUGAUCCCCAAAUAUAAAACUCAAAUUAAAGAUAAAGUGAACAACAGAAGUAUUCACAACUUAUGUUUUGAAUCUGGUGCGCUACGUUAUGUUAUAUUGUAUUUAUUUCCUUUGAGAAACUAUGAUUUCAUUAAUGUCUUACACAUUCGUAAUAAAGCAAUACAGCAAAUAAUAUGUGUGUGAAUAUUUCAUAACACGAAAUCUCACGCCAAUAAGUUACUCUUGAUAAUACAACAAUUAAUACAGUAAUAUGUUCUUCGUAUUUUGCAGUCACUCUCACUAGAUAUAAGGAAGGUUUUUUAGCGAUUAUUAUUUAAGUGCGAUCGAAGUUGAAAGAUACUCUCGCACUGCGUAGUAAAUGUGUAGUGUUAGUGUAGCGUAUAUGGGGAUAUACUGAUUAUUACCACGUUCAAAACAGUGGCUAACACUAACAUCAAUGCCAACUGAAACAUGAACAUGAACACAGAGAGAAAAAAAAAGUUAGAUUCAUCAAAACAUUUAAACGUUUGAGACGCCGAAUGCUAACCUCGAGCUUUUAGAAAUGGAAUGCUCGAUGGAUUAGGCCUUACCAACAACUCAUAAGCCUGUAAGCAUUCGCAUCAAAGUAACUAUGGCCAUUUUUAAUACGGUCUUGUUACUAUGAUAUUAUUCUAAUAAAAAAACUUAAAAUAAUACAAUGAUUCGAAUUCUAAAUGUAACCACAAAAACUUUAAAAUCGCCAAUUAAAUAAUACCUACUUGGCAAGCGCUCCCCCGCCUUUGAGCCGAUUUGAGCGCAUCUCCAAUGCUCAUCGAGUGACAUAGUGGUUAAACACAAACAAUAUUUAACUAAAAUACCGUUUUACAAAAAUAAGAUUAAAAUUACAAGUUUAAAUAAAUAAGUUACUCUUUAGACGAACCAUAUCUUCGUGUUACUUCGUGAUAAAAAUCAGUAUAUUACCAUUUCUAUUGAUUUGAGGGCUGCAACUUACAAACAUUAAUUUAGCCAUAAGUUGUACAUACUAUAUUGCAGUUGACUUUGUCCUGCAAAUUCGUAUUACUGUAUUAUUUGAUGUGUUAUUUAUUAGUUUGUCAGGCACUGCAAGAUUGACGUAAGGGCAUUCAGCUAGUGCAUUCAAUACCAAAACAUAAAACAUAGUUUAAAAAAAAAAUGGCCACUUCUUCUCAAGGUAAAGAAAAAAAACAUAAAAUAAUCGUCGCUUCAAGAUCACACGUAAAAAGACGAGAUUUUCGAUCAAACAAAAUUACAAAAAAAUCUAUUGAUAAACAACGAGUAAAAUAUCAUCAUAAUGAAGAUAAAUUCGGUUCCCUUUGGAUGCACUAUGCAAUAUUAAUAAAAAUGCCCUACUUUAACACCAGGCUAUGAUUAUGUGUCUCCGUACACGAAACGUAGUAGCCUACCAAAUAACUUAGUCAUGCCUGGCAUUCUACUACCCACCCACUAGUGUUAGACAGAGAAAUAUAUUUAAUUUUAAGUUAAUAUAAGUACAGUUAUUUUAGCUGUGGCAAUAAAAGAGCUUCUUUCUUGCAAGAGAGACUUGGUAAAAAUUCCAUCAGAAAUUGAGAAAUUCCAUCAAUCCAUUCCAUCAGUAAUUGAGAAUAUUUCUCAUUAGGUCGUUUAACAUCGAACUUAUGACCAUCAAGAUUCACAACAAGGCAGGCGAUAAUCAUGGGCUUUAAGAUCAAACCCAAAUGUGACAAAAUAUGACCAUGAUCGACAAACCAAGUCUCGAAUCAAAUGUUUUUUAUGGCCUCAUCGCUCAAACGUUUCCUUAAAUCUCGCCGGAUGCCCAUGUCUUUGAGAAGACUUUCCAUCGGAAUUCGCACUUCAAAAGUGUAGGCUCUAUCAAACAUUAAAGACCUCUACGACUCCUCCCCAGUGGCCCAUAGAACAAAGGCUUUUUAACAAAACCAAAGACUAAUUAGAGUCAUACCAUUCUAGGCAAGCAGAAAGCAGCUCAAACACAGCUUUUACAGAGUCUAUAUAGAGAUUUAUUUUAUGCUUACACAAAUAGUUCUUAAUUAGAAAUAGAUACAGAUUAGUCAAGCUAGAUGCCCUACAGAUAGUUACAAUAGCCAGACGCGCUCUUUUAGUUACCUACAUGCAGGCCUAUUUCAAAUUCUCUUACACUUGAAUACGAAUUCGGUUUAUUUGUCAAGUACCAGUUACGGAACAAUAAAUUCGAUUCGUAUUUCAUGUUCUUCAGUUAAUUAUAAGUUAUUUAAGUUAUAUUAUAAUGUUCGGCGAUCGGAACGACGCGUUGGUGUUAAUUUAUAAGCGUUUAUAUGUAAGCUCAGGAGUAGAGAGCAGGCACCGCGUGACGCAAUAAGUUCGCGGCUCGAGACGGGAAUGGAUCCUACGCACCUCUCUGUCCGACACUUGCUCUGUCUGUCCCCAACGUAUUUAACACAAUUAACCAUAAUAUUUAAAAGAAAACAGGUAAGCUAAGGAAACUAUUAUAGAUAAGUUCCUACGGAACUGAUUUGCAUUCUAUAGAGUAAAUAUAAUUAAAAGUAUUUUAAACAAUUUGUAUUAUGUCAAACUUAUCUCAAAGUUUUUGUACUGUGGGUUGAUUACAACGAAUGUUACAUUAAUUUAGCAGCAAGCGAAUGCUUUUGUAUUAUCAUUACGUUUAGAAAACUGGAUUUACAUUACAUACCAAACAUCUGUAUUUGUAUACGACUUUGUUAAUAUCAGUGUAUAGGUUAAAUAUUUCAGCAUACUCCAUAAUAUUGUAUAUCUGUUAAUGUAUAUGUUAAUCAUAUGGUUUCAUCAAACUUAUCUGUAUUCCGCGGGUGACGAACGAAAUGCACGACGUUCUCUCAGACUUUAACAAUCUCAGUCAAACACGACCAGCAAUUGGCGUUUACUCUAAUAUCACUUAAAAUAACGUACUUUAGAACUUUAUAAAGCAGCCUUGCUAAGAUCUACUUUCAUCCCCAUUGAUGACGACUAUUGGGGCUGGGAACCCCGCGCCACUUUCCCCCAGAUAGACGACUUGGAACCUAGGCAGCAACACGUGCUCUCACAAUGCUGACUCCUUAAAUAUGUUGUAAUAGAUGUUCGAUGUUAAUUUUAACACUCAAUCUAUGUGUAUGAAUAGUACUCGUAACAUUUAUCAUUAAAUAUACUUUAUUCAAUAUAAAUCAAUGUUUAAAAUAUCUCGUCCAGUAAUCGAGCAUUUUAUCCAAGUAUUAUGUGUCGCUGUAACAUUUAAGGUAUUUUGAAACACCUGAUGGUUUUGUAUUCAAUGUAUUAUCUAAUCAUUCAUGGCAUAAUAAUUAAUUUAAUAAGUAACGACCAGAAGCGUCUAUGCAUUUGUCAACAGUUUUUCUCUUGUACCGAGUCUAUGGAAUCUGUUUCCUGGUUGUCAUUAUUCAAAUACUGAUUGUGAUUAUUAUUAAUUCCGAUCUCAUGUUUAUAGGUAUAAUUAAGUAAUUUAGGUAUCAUUAUCAUUGCGUCAUAUCAUCAAACAUAAUGUUCUUAUGUAUACACGGAGUCAACGUUUAUGUCAAAGUAUUUUUCAUGUUUAAUGUACUCAUUUCUAAAUGUUAUUGGCUUGACUGGUUUUGAAUAGAGAAAGGGGUCCUUUUGGCCACUUAAUAUUCUCAUAUUAUUCGAUGACCAAAAUUAUUGAGAACAGAUACGCGUUGUAAGUAGAUGCAGCAAAAUUCCGAGAAUAAAUUCAACACUAAUUCUCAUAUCUAUCGGCGCUUCGAUUCAUCAUCAAAAUUUUAAAAAUUAUGCUUAAAAAAAUCUAUGAUUAUAGACCCCUUUGCAAAGCGUUGGGACCAAUGUAAACACGGAUUAGAUCUCUGCCUACAUUGGCAAUGGUCGUCUGAUAUGGCGUAGCCAGUCAUGAAAAUUGAUGGCACUUUCUAUUUUAUAACUACUUGAAUGUCCGUGUAAAUUAUUGUAAGUUCGUGUUUGGACAAUAUUAUUGUCACUAUAAUUUUACUAUCUGGACCUAGAUUAAGUUCAAUGUGUUUAGAUACUUAAGUGACGUGUAUACCUACUAAGUUACUAACUUUAUAAUAUUUUAAACGAAGUAUCUAACCAUCCGUGGUAAGCAUGCUAUGUAUAAUUUAUUAAAAUGUCAUAAAUGUAACCAUGAAUGUCUACUUUUAUACUUUAUUGGCACUCUGACUGCAGGCCAAGAACAUUGGAUAUAUCGUUACUUCAAACAUAUCUGUUUAAUUUAAGUAUUAUGUGUACUAUCGUGUUAACAUGCUCCCUGUACAUUUGGGUUUCACUAACAACGAUGUCAGACUAGAUCUGGAGACAAAUCGACAAUAUACUCGUCGUGUCUUUCAAUCUAACUAUAUAAGUAUGGGUUUGUAGGUAUUCCCAAACAUUAGAAUUACGUGGUAAGCACAAGUUAGGAAUUCUACGAAACUCUUAAGUUUCUACCAAAGUACCAGGCAGCAUGUUUCCACCUCAAGUAUAACCAUGUCUCUAUAAAUGAAAUCAAUUCUGUAGGUUCAUAAUUAAUCAAAGACUUUUAAGGCAAAAUGCCUUCUUUUUAUGUAAUUUUAAAUGUUAAAAUAAAUGUUGAAUAACAUAUC